CGUUUUCAUUGACUCAUUCUCUGCAUAGAUCGCACCCAGAACGAACCUCUAGAGACACGCCAAAACACGACCAGAUUCAUGAGGAAUGAGCCGGUGCCUUGGAUUCAGGACAUCCUUCUAAAGGCUUUUCACUGAGUGAGAUCUACAAGAGAGCUUUGAAUGUUCGGGACUGAUCGGAUGGUCCGCUGACUGUGAUUGCAGGAACAUUGUGCGACCAUCAUCAUGGCUGCGUCUGAAUUAUAUACAAAGUAUGCACGGGUCUGGAUCCCGGAUGUAGAAGAAGUGUGGAAGUCAGCAGAGCUCACCAAGGACUACAGACAAGGAGAUGGAGUUCUGCAGCUACAGCUGGAGGAUGGAAAGGAACUGGAGUACAAAUUGGACCCCAAGACAAACAACUUACCACACCUCCGUAACCCUGAUAUCCUGGUGGGAGAAAAUGACCUGACCGCUCUCAGUUACCUUCAUGAGCCCGCUGUGUUACACAAUCUGAAAGUGCGCUUCAUUGAUUCCAAACUCAUCUACACAUACUGCGGUAUUGUUCUAGUCGCUAUAAACCCAUAUGAGACACUACCCAUCUAUGGAUCUGACAUCAUUAAUGCGUACAGUGGGCAGAAUAUGGGUGACAUGGACCCUCAUAUCUUCGCAGUGGCAGAAGAGGCUUACAAACAGAUGGCCAGGGAUGAGAGGAAUCAGUCCAUCAUUGUGAGCGGAGAAUCCGGAGCAGGGAAAACUGUUUCAGCCAAAUACGCCAUGCGUUACUUUGCUACGGUCAGUGGCUCUGCCAGUGAAGCCAAUGUGGAAGAAAAAGUUCUGGCAUCCAACCCCAUCAUGGAGUCCAUCGGUAAUGCCAAGACCACCAGGAAUGACAAUAGCAGUCGUUUUGGGAAAUACAUUGAGAUUGGCUUCGAUAAGAAGUAUCACAUCAUUGGUGCGAACAUGAGGACAUAUCUGUUGGAGAAAUCACGUGUUGUAUUUCAGGCGGAUGAAGAGAGGAAUUAUCAUAUCUUCUAUCAGCUCUGUGCAUCUGCUCACCUCCCGGAGUUCAAAGCCCUGAAACUCGGAAAGGCUGAUGAUUUUCACUACACCAAACAGGGCAGAAACCCAGUGAUAGAUGGAGUAGAUGAUGCCAAGGAGAUGUCGUCCACCAGAAACGCCUUCAUACUGCUAGGUGUAAAUGAGUCCUAUCAGUUGGGCUUGUUUCAGAUUCUGGCUUCAAUUUUGCACCUGGGGAAUGUGGAAGUGAAGGAUAGAGACUCGGACAGCAGUAUUAUUCCACCGAAUAAUGGUCACCUGAGUGUGUUUUGUGAAUUGAUGGGAGUGACAUAUCAAGACAUGUCUCAUUGGCUGUGUCAUAAGAAGCUGAAGACGGCGACUGAGACGUACAUUAAGCCCAUUCCCAAACUACAGGCCAUAAACGCCCGUGAUGCUCUCGCUAAACACAUCUACGCCAAACUCUUCAACUGGAUCGUGGACCAUGUGAAUAAAGCGCUGCAUUCUACAGUCAAACAGCACUCGUUCAUUGGAGUCCUAGACAUUUACGGGUUUGAGACUUUUGAAAUCAACAGUUUUGAACAGUUCUGUAUUAAUUAUGCCAAUGAGAAACUACAGCAACAGUUCAACAUGCAUGUGUUCAAGUUGGAGCAGGAGGAGUAUAUGAAAGAACAGAUCCCCUGGACUCUCAUUGAUUUCUAUGAUAAUCAGCCAUGUAUCAACCUCAUCGAGGCCAAGAUGGGCAUCCUGGACCUGCUGGAUGAAGAGUGCAAGAUGCCGAAGGGCUCUGAUGACUCCUGGGCUCAGAAACUGUAUAACACUCAUUUGAAGACGUGUGCACUUUUUGAAAAACCACGGAUGUCCAAUAAAGCUUUCAUUAUUCAGCACUUUGCAGAUAAGGUGGAGUAUCAGUGUGAUGGUUUUCUGGAGAAGAAUAAAGACACAGUGAAUGAGGAGCAGAUAAAUGUUCUGAAGGCCAGUAAGUUUGACCUGCUGGUGGAGCUGUUCCAUGAUGAGGAGAAAGCCACAAGUCCGACCGGUGCUGCUCCUGCUACUGGAGGACGCACUCGCCUCAGCGUCAAACCAGACAAGAAAAAACCAGGCCAAGCCAGCAAAGAACACAAGAAGACAGUCGGACUGCAGUUCCGUAACUCUUUGCAGCUGCUGAUGGAGACACUGAAUGCGACUACACCACAUUACGUUCGCUGCAUCAAACCCAACGAUUACAAAUAUGCCUUCACGUUUGACCCCAAGAGGGCAGUGCAGCAACUGCGUGCAUGUGGAGUUUUGGAAACGAUCCGCAUCUCUGCAGCCGGUUUCCCAUCUAGGUGGACAUAUCAGGAGUUCUUUAGCAGGUAUCGUGUCCUGAUGAAACAAAAAGAUGUUUUGACAGACAAGAAGAUGACCUGUAAGAAUGUUCUGGAGAAACUGGUACAGGAUCCAGAUAAGUACCAGUUUGGCAAGACCAAGAUCUUUUUCCGCGCAGGGCAGGUUGCGUAUCUGGAGAAACUGCGUGCAGAUAAGCUGCGUGCUGCCUGUAUCCGCAUCCAGAAGACCAUCCGCUGCUGGCUAGUACGCAAGAAGUACCUGCGCAUGAAACAUGCUGCCACAACCAUCCAGAGAUACGUCCGUGGAUACCAGGCCCGCUGUCUUGCGAAAUUCCUGCGUCGCACACGUGCUGCGAUCAUCAUUCAGAAGUACCAGCGCAUGUAUGUCCAGAGAAAGUAUUACAAACGCAAGCAGGCUGCCGCUCUGGUCAUGCAGUGCAUCCUCAGGGCGUACAUGGCCAGACAGCUGUACAAAGCGCUUCUGCGUGAGCAUAAGGCCAUCAUCAUUCAGAAGAUGGUCCGAGGCUGGUUGGCGCGGCAGUGGUACAAGCGGUCGCUCACGGCCAUCGUUUACCUGCAGUGCUGCAUCCGCCGCAUGCGAGCCAAGCAAGAACUCAAGAAACUCAAGAUUGAAGCACGUUCGGUGGAACACUUCAAGAAACUCAACAUCGGCAUGGAGAACAAGAUCAUGCAACUGCAGCGCAGGAUAGACGAACAGAACAAGGAGAACCGUGUUCUCAGCGAGCGUUUGAACAGUCUAGAGAUCAGCCAUGCUACAGAGUCCGAGCGUCUGCGUGUGGAAGUGACACGUCUGCGAGGGGCAGAAGAGGACGCCAAAAACAACGCCAACAAAGUGACAUCUCUUCUGGAGGAGGUGGAGCGACUGCGCAAAGACCUGCAGAACACACAAAAGGAGAAGAAAGCCAUCGAGGACUGGGCACAAACCUACCAGGACGAGAUGGAAAAGAUGAUCUCAGAACUAAAGGAGCAAAACCACCUGCUGAAGAACGAGAAAAACGACCUGAACCGACUGAUCCAAGAACAGAGCCAGCAGUGGACAGACAAAAUGCAGAGGGCUCUGAAGGAGGAAACCCAGCAGUUAGAAAACGAUUUAAACGAGGAACGCUCUCGCUACCAGAACCUUCUUACCGAACACCUCCGACUAGAGGAGAAAUACGACGAUUUGAAAGAGGAGAUCACACUCACUGUAAAUGUUCCAAAACCUGGUCACAGGCGCACAGACUCCACACACAGCAGCAACGAAUCAGAAUGUACCUACAAUUCAGAGUUUGCCGAGUCCGAGGAAGGGACCCGCGGAGGGGAGGACGUUUCCAAGGGGAUACUGGACAUGUCCCUGUUCCUAAAGCUGCAGAAGAGAGUAUCCGAGCUAGAGCAAGAAAAACAGUCACUGCAGAACGAACUCGAUCGGAGAGAAGAGCAGUUUCAGCGGGCUAGAGCUAGGGAUGAUGAGGAACAUAAGAAAGCUCGUGGUGCUGAGCUGGAAUAUGAAUCUCUCAAGCGUCAGGAGUUGGAGUCAGAGAACAAGAAGCUCAAACAUGAUUUGAAUGAGAUGCGUCAGUCUCUGAGAGGCGGCGCUGAGGCCGGUUCUGGAGCGCCGGGUUCUCCUGCGUACACGGUCCUGCUGGAUCAGCUGAACGCCUCCAACGAGGAGCUGGAGGUGCGGAAGGAGGAGGUGCUCAUCCUGCGCUCUCAACUCGUCAGUCAGAAAGAGGCCAUGCAACACAAGGGGACCAUGACUGAGCCUUUGCCGUACAUUGAGGAUGUGCAGAAGCUGACUGAUGCCAAGGAGAUCUCCCAGGCCUACAUGGGCCUUAAAGAGACCAACAGAUCACCCAGGUUUACACGCAGACCGACUGAAGUGAACGAACUUGUGAGCAGGUUGAGAUCCCCAUUCCCUGACUACCAUAAGCUGAAUGAGGAUGGAGAACUGUGGCUGGUUUAUGAAGGGUUAAAGGAAACUAACAGGUUGUUGGAGUCCCAGUUGCAGGCUCAGCGUCGGUCUCAUGACAACGAGGUGGAGGUUUUGCGUGGAGAAUUGCAGAGUGUUAAAGAGGAUAAUAACCGUCAGCAGCAGCUGUUAGCUCAGAACCUGCAGCUUCCUCCAGAGGCCCGAAUCGAGGCCAGUCUACAGCACGAGAUCACGCGCCUCACCAACGAGAACCUGGAGCUUCACUCUGAUGAUCCAAAGGAGUAUAAAGCCUACAGAAUCAGCAUGUUACGCAGGAUGGUUGAUCUUAUGGAGCAACUGGAGAAACAGGACAAGACCGUCCGCAAACUGAAGAAACAGCUCAAAGUCUUCGCAAAGAAGAUCAAUGACCUGGAAGGUGGCCAGAUGGAUGUGUCUCCAGGACAGACGGCCGAUGAGCCUGUUCAUCCAGUGAACAUUCCACGCAGGGAAAAAGAUUUCCAGGGAAUGCUGGAAUACAAGAAAGAGGAUGAACUCAAACUGGUCAAAAACCUCAUACUUGAGCUGAAGCCUCGUGGAGUGGCAGUGAAUCUGAUACCAGGUCUGCCAGCAUACAUCCUCUUCAUGUGUCUGCGUCAUGCCGACUACAUUAAUGAUGAUCAGAAAGUCCGAUCUCUACUCACCUCUGUCAUCAACAGCAUCAAGAAGAUACUCAAGAAAAGAGGUGAUGACUUUGAGACUGUUUCCUUCUGGUUGUCCAAUACAUGCCGUUUCCUGCACUGCCUGAAACAGUACAGUGGCGACGAGCAAUUCAUGAAGCAUAACACUCCUAAACAGAACGAUCACUGUCUCUCCAACUUUGACCUGGCCGAGUACCGGCAGGUUCUGAGUGAUCUGGCCAUUCAGAUCUACCAGCAGCUCAUCAAGUGUAUGGAGAACAUCCUGCAGCCCAUGAUCGUCUCUGGCAUGCUGGAACAUGAAACCAUCCAGGGCGUGUCCGGGGUGAAGCCCACGGGUCUCCGUAAGAGGACGUCCAGUAUCGCUGAUGAGGGGACAUACACAUUGGACUCCAUCAUCCGGCAGCUCAACUCCUUCCACUCCAUCAUGUGUCACCACGGAACCGACCCGGAGCUCAUCAAACAGGUGGUCAAGCAGCAGUUCUACAUCAUCGGCGCCGUCACCCUCAACAACCUGCUGCUGCGUAAAGACAUGUGCUCCUGGAGCAAGGGCAUGCAGAUCAGGUAUAACGUGAGUCAGCUGGAGGAGUGGCUGAGAGAUAAGAACCUCAUGACAUGUGGCGCGAAAGAGACGCUGGAGCCGUUGAUUCAGGCCGCACAACUACUGCAGGUCAAGAAGAAGACGGAUGAGGAUGCUGAGGCCAUCUGCUCCAUGUGUAACGGCCUCUCUACAGCACAGAUUGUGAAGGUGCUGAACUUGUAUACACCUGUCAACGCUUUUGAAGAGCGUGUGUCGGUACUGUUCAUUAGAACAAUACAGACACGUUUACGGGAUCGAAAGGAGUCACCUCAGCUGCUGAUGGACACCAAAGUCAUCUACCCCGUGACCUUCCCUUUUAACCCCUCCUCCCUGGCCCUGGAAACCAUUCAAAUACCCGGCAGCCUCAAUGUGGGCUUCCUCACUCGUGUGUAGACCCUUCAAUCACCUCACCUCAACCAAUCACACGGCAGGAACAGGGAGCCAAAAUAUAUAAAUAAAUUAAAAAAAUUAAUGAUUAUAGGUAAAUAAGCCACACACUUAAAGAGAAUGCAGUUUAGAUCAUGUCAUCAAUCCUUCUUUUUGCACUUCUUCAUCACUUUUAUUUUUUCAAUACAAGAGUGAAUCUCAUGAAACCUGUCAAAUACGUGUUCAGAUCACAAUUGACCCCAAAAUCAAAAGAAACACACAAGAAACUAUUUUGUUUGAUGAAAAUUAAGCUCGUUAGGACAAUUAAUAUGUUGACAUUGUAUUUUAAUGACAUUUAAGCACUUCCUCCCAAAAUUCAAAAUGCAAAAAGAAAAAAAAACCUAAUUUUAACUCAAUAUAUUACUGACAUUGUAGAGUGUUUGCUAACAUAUGCUGAUUAAAUUAAAUAAUUGGAAUUCACUUGAUUGCAGUAAUUAAUUAAUAAUUAAUACAUUGAGAAUAAUGUAAAUAACAGAAAUGCUCAAAACACAUAUCCACAGCAGCACAAUACAAUAAUAACAAUAAAGUUCUUCAUUUACUUCAUGGAAAAUAUGUUCUUAUAAUAUUUUCUUUUGAUUGUGGGACCUGGAUAUUUUUGUGAGAUUCACCUUUUAAACUGGAAUAUUUCAGAGAUGUUUCACUUAAUGAACGUUACGAAAGGAAGAAUAACUCAUUCUAACACUAAUGCCUUUUCAGAUCACAACCAGAAUAAGUUCACGGGGCUGUAUAAUCUUAUACAUAUAUAAAUAUCUAUGAAUAUGUAUGAUGCUAGGAUAUUUUAUUUAUUGCUUUACCCUAUCAGAUAUUUUUUCUUUUCUCUCAAAUGCUAGCUAACAUGGAUAUCCAGUUGCGGAACAUACUCUAGUCCUCUGCACUCAUUCAUACCAGAUUAAUUAACUUAGUCUCAGUAAAAAAAAAAUUUAAAAAUGUAAAAAAAAAAAAGACCUUGGAGCUCAGCUGACUUCAUUAACGUAGAUGUUUAUUUGUUAGUAGCAUGUGGUGAUGUUGAUUAGCUAAUAAGUAGUCAUGUCUGGUGUAACUCUGGCGGAAAGAAAACUUAGCAUCCGUGCACUAUCCCAGAGCUUAUUUCUUCCUCAAGAGCUUCCUCAAGUUUACAUCUCUGAUCUUCAGGAACCAUUUCCAAAGAGAUGGUACAGUCCAGACCCAGUGCAUGAUGGGAUUGUUUGGGUUUUCAUCAUACGGACAUAUCAAGAGCAUGAGAUUCGUGUUCCACAGGUUUUAGCAGAGCUAGAGCUAGUUCAGGUGAGUUCUAGACUCCCGAAUGAGGUUUAAUGAAGUUUCAGAUGGUUUGGGCCCUCCGCCAUUCUGCUGGUGGGUGAACCUCAUGAAGACACGUCCCAGUGAAAUAUGAAAUGAAAUAAACGGCAAAACAGUUUUCGCACAAAGAACAUUAAGCCUAUUUUACGAAGAUUAUGAUUGCAUUGUUGCAUUAUUUUCCGCAUAAUUAAGCAUGUUUUAAUCCCAAAUUCUCACUAUUGUAAUGCAGUGAUCCUUACUUGUGUACUUUACAAUUUAAAUAACAUAAUUUAUUACUUUUUGCAUUACAGUAAUGAGAAUUGAUGGUGAAAUGGGCUUAAUUGUGCAAAUAGGCAAAAAUAAUAAUAAUAAUAUCUUAUUGCUCAGUAAAUAUACAGUAAUACAAAUAAGUUUGUGAGAUUCAAAGAGGCAUCUUGUAUCCACAAAAGCACACUGGAUAUCCCAAACAGAACUAAAAGAAACCCCAAACUACUGACUCUCUCAACACGUGAAGAUGUUUAUCAAAAACUUGCUGUUAUUUAUUUCAGUAUUCUAUGUUUUUAAAGGUUAGAAACGGCUGUUGUUUUUAUGGCAUGUGCUGUUGGAUGAGUUAAUAUAUAUGGACAAAUUUCUUUUUGUCACUUGUUUUGUUUUGCUGUUUGUCUUUUGUGUUCACGUCUGGCUGGAUAUCAGUAUUAUCUUGAAUGUGUCAGGCAGCUUUUAUUGGAAAGCUGUUUGUUUUGAUCUGUGACUCCUGAAAUUAAAGCAGGCACCUUAGUGCAGCCAUGCUUUCCAUCACACACAUAGACAUUCACACACCCUAUUCUUAUAUUAUAUUAUAUUAUAUUGCAUUAGUUUUAGGGUCAAAUGAUGUAUGUUGAUACUUUGUUUCCUCUGUCUACUGCAUGGGUUUCAUCUUUAAAAUCUUCCACACUAGUUCAGUGUGUUAUUGGCCACAGCUCUUAUGCCAUUUCACUGUAGUGCACUGGGAUUUUAUCAUGCCUUACUGUAGUUAUAGUUCGUCGUGUAUCACGCAGAGCUUCUGUAUCAUUCUAUCAGUCUCAACUGCUUUCUGACGGAGAUCAAUGUUUGUUAUGCAUAUGUCACAAGAAAAAUGUGUGUGUGGUGUGUGUGUGUGCACAUAAAUGACAGUGCAAAGACCAUUUUUCUAAUCAAUUUUGUAUUGUUUUCCAGUGAGAUUUUUUACAUCUCUUGAAUUACCUUUAUUUUUCAUACCUCAUUGGUGAUUUUUUUUUCCAUAUUUUAAGCAUUUGCAAAAAUGUAGUUGAAAAUAAAAUUGCAAACACCUAACGAGAUAAGGGGAAAAGGUUAAUUCAACAUAUUCUUUGAAAAUGUCUUAUUUUGCUUCUCAGUUAAAUGGAUCUUGUUUACAUCAUUUUAGAUUUUUAUUUUUUUUGUCAUUUAGAUAUUUUUACUGGAAAACAAGACGAAAAUAGCUUUUUUUUUUUUGCAGUGUAUUAAUAUUCAGUUCAGAUAAACACAGCUGAAAUCAAGUUCAGCAUUCAACAUCUCCGUUAUCAGUGUACAGAAUCAUUCAGGAGUUUUAUGAUCAUGGGACCAUUGUGUGACCUUUGCUUUUUUUUAUUGUGUUAGUUAAGUUCUUAUGGAAUUCAAAUAAAAAUGGUUGGAAGAUUUACAAAUGCAAUUUGAUAAAAAUGCAUAUCACUUCAAAUGGAAAAUAAUGAAGUUGUACUGGAACACAAAUGAAAAUGUAACAAAAAAAUAAUAAUAAUUGAAUGUUGACGUGUUUGUACAUGGUUUUAUUUACAUUGUCAUAUUUUAGAUAAAGCCUUACCUCUGAAUGGACGACAUGUCAAUGUAACACAUUUGUUUCUCUGUGGUGUUUCAUAUUCUGUUCAUUUGCUUUAUUGACAUUUGUGAAGUAUAAACCUGUAAUAUUCCUGUUGAAAUGGGUAUAGAUUUCCAAAUGCCUCUUAAAAAAAUUGAUUUGCACAUUUAAAAAAAUCUCAGACUUGUCGUACCGAUCCAACAGCCCUGUUUUAGUCUUUCCUCAGCUCUAGGUUCUAAAGUGGUUUGUAAAAAAUGACUUUCACAUUACAUCAGCUAGUCCACAGUCUGAUGCUCAUUGUAUCAAGAUCAGCCUGUUCUCAUGCUUGUAUAAAGUCAGCUUAUGCAGACAUUGAUAGUUACUGUAGUAAUGCAGAUGAACAUCUCAUAUGUUUGCUUCUCCUUCAGCUUGUUCAGACAGGAUUGAGCUGAUUGAGGUCUUGUGGGGGGGAGGUGGGGGGGAUGUCUCUUACUGAAGGACCAGACAGUUUGUAGUUCCUGUAGCUGUAAUUAUUUCAUGUGUUCAUCAAUGCAAUUUCAUGGAGUGAUAUACUAAUGUCAAAAGCUGUUCAAGUCAAAUAAAUGAAUUCAGCACUA